AUGCCUCCACCUCAAGGUAUUGUCAAGAUUAAUUUGGAUGCAUCGGUUGAUAAACAUCUUUCUUUGGCUGGUUUUGGAGUUGUGGUAAGGGACAGUAAGGGUCAUGUUUUGGCUACCAUGAGGAUGAAACAAAAUCUGUUACCUGAUCCUCAUCUAUCAGAAUCUUAUGUUGUUUUUUAUGCCUCAAAGUUUGCUAUGGAGCUUGGUUUCCAACGGAUUAUAUUAGAAGGGGAUGCUCUAAAUAUAGUGGAGGGUAUUAAAAAUGGUGCUCAAGGAUGGGACAGUUCCAGUAUGCUCAUAUUAGAUGCUAGAUCUCUCUUGGCUCAACUUCAACAAUGGACAGUUGCUCAUAUUCAAAGAGGUUUUAAUUCAGUUGCUCAUGCUUUGGCAAUAAGUGCAUUAAGCAUUGCUAAUUCAAUGUUUGAUAUAGAAGUUCCUCAAUGUAUUGCUCAUUUAUUGUAA